CCGGGCCGGCAGAGCCGCGGGCGCGCGCAGCAGCCGCCGCCGCCGCCGCCGCCGCCAUGGGCUGCACCGUGAGCGCCGAGGACAAGGCGGCCGCCGAGCGCUCCCGCAUGAUCGACAAGAACCUGCGGGAGGACGGCGAGAAGGCGGCGCGCGAGGUGAAACUGCUACUGCUGGGUGCCGGUGAGUCUGGGAAGAGCACCAUCGUCAAACAGAUGAAGAUCAUCCAUGAGGAUGGCUAUUCAGAGGAGGAGUGCCGGCAGUACAAAGCUGUGGUCUACAGCAACACCAUCCAGUCCAUUAUGGCUAUCAUCAAGGCAAUGGGGAACCUGCAGAUUGACUUUGGAGACUCCUCCAGAGCGGAUGAUGCUCGGCAGCUGUUUGCACUCUCCUCCACUGCUGAGGAGCAGGGCAUCAUGCCUGAGGACCUGGCCAACGUCAUCAGGAGACUGUGGGCUGACAACGGGGUCCAGGCUUGUUUCAACCGCUCCCGAGAGUACCAGCUGAACGACUCUGCUGCCUACUACCUGAACGACCUGGAGAGGAUAGCCCGUGCCGACUACAUCCCUACCCAGCAGGACGUGCUGCGCACCAGGGUGAAGACCACGGGCAUCGUAGAGACUCACUUCACCUUUAAGGACCUGCACUUCAAGAUGUUCGAUGUGGGUGGCCAGCGUUCGGAACGGAAGAAGUGGAUCCACUGCUUUGAGGGGGUGACAGCCAUCAUUUUCUGUGUGGCCCUGAGUGCCUAUGACCUGGUGCUGGCUGAAGAUGAGGAGAUGAACCGGAUGCAUGAGAGCAUGAAGUUGUUUGACAGCAUCUGCAAUAAUAAGUGGUUCACAGACACGUCCAUCAUCCUCUUCCUCAACAAGAAGGACCUCUUUGAGGAGAAGAUCGUGCACAGCUCCCUCACCAUCUGCUUCCCUGAGUACACAGGGGCCAACAAGUAUGAUGAGGCAGCCAGCUACAUCCAGAGCAAGUUCGAGGACCUGAACAAGCGGAAGGACACCAAGGAGAUCUACACUCAUUUCACCUGUGCCACGGACACCAAGAACGUGCAGUUCGUCUUCGACGCCGUCACCGACGUCAUCAUCAAAAACAACCUGAAGGACUGUGGUCUCUUCUGAGGGUGGCGCUGCCCAGGAGCUGCAAAGGAAGGACCACACCAUCUCCCACUCCUGCUUCUCUUCAGAUUCAUUCCUCCACCCACCACGUAAAGAGACUUUUUGAGUGUCAGCAUGGUGGCAGGGCCCAUGUACCCCCUGCUGGCCGUGUUUGCCCCCCACCAUUGUCCUCCUCCUCGCCGGCGUUGCCCUUCCAGGGAAGACAAGGUUUUAAUCUCGGUUUGUACCCCCUCCAACCGUUCCAGCCCCCAUUUCAUUCACUCCGAGCCCUGGCGCUCUCACUGUUUACAUUGCAAGUGUUGCUGGCAUGGGGGCCACAGGGUCCCCUCGGGGAUGCCCACCCAGCCACAAACACGACCGAUGACAUUCCUUUUAGUAAACCAGAAAAGAAAGAAGAAAGAAAAAAA